AGGUUAGGUGUGACUUUUGUUGACAUGCGAGUUUAGGGUUAUGUUAAUCAAUAAAUAAAAAAUUAUAAUCUCCAAAGUGUGUGUGUGAAAAUAAUAAUAAACAAUGGGUCUAUUAACAGAUCCUCGUGCAGGAAAUAUGAAACUUAUAAAAUUUAUUCUCCGUUGGGAGAAAUCACUUUGUUUUUUAAUGUAUCUCGGUGGAAUUGUGUGGACAAUGCUAUUGGCAACACCUACUUUCAGUGAUAAUACAUAUUUCUCAGAAAAUGCACUUUUACCCGGUUUAGUAACAAAAGAAAGUAAUUUAAUGUAUGAUUCAAAAAUAUUUUAUCAAGAAUUAAUGCGUGAAAUGGAAAAACAACGAACCGAUGCAUUACCAGUCGCUUGGAUGUCGGCAAGAUUUCGUCAAUUACAUCUCGAUACAUAUAUACAUAAUUUUACUCUAAAUCAUCCAUUUCGUAAGCAAAAAUUCACGGGUAAAAAUGUUUAUGGUAUUGUACGUGCACCGCGUAGUGUUAGUACAGAAUCAAUUGUUAUUAAUGUUCCCUAUCGUUCAUUAAGUAGUAUUCAUCCAACAACUGCGCCAUCAAUUGCAUUACUUCUUGCAUUCGCUCAAUUUUGUCGUAAACAAAAAUAUUGGGCAAAGGAUAUUAUUUUUCUUGUAACUGAACAUGAACAAUUGGGUAUACAAGCGUGGCUCGAUGCUUAUCAUGGUGUGACAAGUGGUCAGGAUGAUGUUUUAUUGGCAGGUGAUUUACCAGGUAGAGCCGGUUCAAUACAAGCGGCAAUUGUUCUUGAAAUGCAUGCAAUGAAAAUUACAUCAAUCGAUGUUAAAGUCGAGGGAUUAAAUGGUCAAUUACCAAAUUUGGAUUUAUUUAAUUUGGCACAAAAUAUGAUUCACAAGGAGGAUAUAAGAAGAUCAGUUCAACAACGUUUUGAUUAUAAAUCAGAGAAUAAAUAUAAUAAAUGGUUAUAUCGGGGAAAAACAAUGGCAAUGAUGAUAAUGAGUCAGGCAACUGGUGUACCAACUGGAAAUCAUGGUUUAUUUCAUCGUUUUGGAAUAGAAGCGAUCACUUUAGAGGGAUUUGAAAAAACAACAAAUGGUCCAGAGGCAAAUUUCUCAAAAGUUGGUCGUGUUGUUGAAAGUAUUGUACGAUCUUUAAAUAAUUUACUUGAACGUUUUCAUCAAUCUUAUUUUUUCUAUUUACUUCCAUCGACCGAUCGAUAUGUUUCAAUUGGAAUUUAUACACUUCCUUUGGUUUUAAUGCUCGCUACACUUUUUAUCAAAGCGUUUUCAAUUUGGCUACGUUUACAAGAAUUGACACCGGAUUUAAAGAAAGAAACUGAAGAGGAAAAAAUAAAAAAGGAAUUAAAAGAAGAGGAAAUGAAAACGAAUAAAAAGAAAAAAAGUGAAUUUGAUAUUGGAUAUGUGACAAUGGAAAUAUUACGAACACAUAUUUUGGGUUUUUUACUAAUGUCCUCAUCACGAUUAUUAAUAUCGUCAAUUUCUGAUUAUUUUAAAUGGCAUACGGAAAAUUCAACUUAUUUUUGUUUAGCCACAGUGUUUGUGUUUACAAUUUUAUUUCCCCUUUUAAGGCCAAAGAGAAAGGAUAAUUUUAAGAAUGCAGCACUUAUUUGUAUUGUUACAUCAAUUGAAUUAGGAACAGCUUUAAUGUGUGUUGAAAUUCAUAAUUUUUCAUUAGCAUUAUUAAUUGCAGUGAUAUUUGUGCCAUUUACAUUACUUAUUCCAAUUUAUAAAAAUUCAAUGAAAGGAUUUUAUAAAAUUUUAUAUAUCAUAUGGCCAUUAUUACAUCCAUUUAUUGUGGCAUCAUUUAUUGUUACUGGUUAUACGUAUGUGAAUUUUAGAGAAGAACGUUUAAUGACAAUUUUUUAUAGAGGUUGGAAGGCAACAAAACAAUCUUUUGUACUUAGUAUUAUUGAUUCAACAAUUUAUGGAAAUUGGUUAUAUUCUUUUAUUGUUUCAAUAAUGCUUCCAAUUUGGAAAUUAUAUUGGAAUGUUAUUAAUUCUUCAUAAAAAAAAAAGAAAUUUCCACAAUGAGAUAUUUUAUCUCUUUUUUUGUAUCAGUAUUUGUAAUAAAAUAUAGGAUAUUCAAUUUUGUAAAUAAAUAAUUUAAAUAUAAA